AUGGCAGAACAUCAAGAAGAUGUAUCUAUUGAACAAAUGGCUGAACAAGGUAUAUCUACCGAAGAAAUAGAUAACCCAGAAGAAGAUAUAAUAACAUGGAAACAUCCAAGCCACAUUUUUCAACGACUUUUGGCUUUAUUUUUCAUGUGCUUGAUUGGAUUUGGUAAAUAUUAUUAACUGUGUUUAGCACUCAAACCUUAUAUAUAUUUAAUAAUAUUUUUAUUGUUUAGGUUCAUAUUUUUGUUUUGAUAACCCUGGUGCUUUACAAGACAAUUUUAUACAAGAUAUGAAUUUAUCUACUACCCAAUUUGUUUAUCUGUAUUCCUGGUAUUCUUGGCCUAAUGUUAUUAUGUGCUUCAUUGGUGGAUUUUUAAUUGACAGGUUUUCCAUUUUUUCCAUUUGAAUAUAUAUUUAUCAUUUAUUUUUUAUUUGUGUAUAUAUAUGUUUAAAAUAGUUGUUAUACCUAAUUUUUAAUUAAUAUUUUCAGUGUUUUUGGAAUACGUUUAGGUACUGUGAUUUAUGCACUCUUGGUAGUUAUAGGCCAAAUCGUAUUUGCUGUUGGAGCACAUGUGAACACACUCUGGGUUAUGUUACUUGGUCGACUUAUAUUUGGGUAAUUUUGUAAUUAGUAUUUAUUUUGAUUUGUCAUGAUAAGAUGAUUACAUCAAAAUCUGUUUAAAGUUUGUUAAAAUACUAACUAAAAUUGAUACACUUUUAUUUUAUAUUAAAAAUAUCAUUUAAAAGAGGUAAAAUAAAAAAAAUCAAAUCAAAUUUUUGUGCUUUGCAAAUAAUGGUAACUAAAAUAUCUCAUUCAAAGUAUAUAUCAAAAAAUUACUAAAAAAAUUUCCUAUAUAGUUCAUAUUUUUAAAAGUAAUAUAUAAUAAUUUAAUUUUGUAUAAGGUACUUAAAAAAUAAUAUAACACUUAAUUAUUUAAUUAACAGUUAUACACUAAAUACAUAUAUAAAUAUAACAAUAACUUAAGUCUUGUUAAAUCUAUUUAUAUUAUAUGUAAUGAAUGUUUAAUUAAAUGAUAUUUCAUAAUAAUUAUUAUUUAUAUUAAUAAAUAUAUAAAGUAUAAUAUUAACAUUUUGGUUUCAUUGUAAAUUUAUCAAAGAAUUAAUUCAAAAUUUCAAUAAAAACUUCUGAUUUAUAUUAAAUUAUCUGUAAAAAUUUAUGUAUUUAAAAUUUAAAAAUAUUUAGCCACCUUUAACUUAAAUGAAAAUAUCUUAAUGACAAUUUAGGUACUUGCAAAAUUAUAUACAGAAUGAUUUUAAAAUUAAACCAGUUUUAAAAUUAUUCUAUUUUUAUCAUUAUUACACAGAAUUGGAGGUGAAUCUUUGGCUGUUGCCCAAAAUAAUUAUGCUGUUUUAUGGUUCAAAGGAAGAGAGCUUAACAUGGUGUUUGGAUUUCAAUUAAGUUUUGCCAGAGUUGGUUCAACAGUAAAUUUCAUUGUAAUGGAACCAUUGUAUAGAUAUGUGAAAAAUCAUAUAUCAUAUCAUUCUCCAAACUAUGAAAGUUUAUCAAUUGUUUUGUUACUUG